CCGCCAUUCAAAUCUUAACAGUCUGACACCAACAGCAGGAGCACACCAAAGCGACCCAAAAAAAAAAAAUAAUAAUAAUAAUAAUAAUGUUUCAUUCUUCUUCGCUUCUUCCAUCGCUGGUCCAUUUUGUCUCCAUCACUCAAUCCUCAUCUACCAAUACUCCACGUGUCAACUUCACAGAGACUUCCAAUACUUCGGGUCGGGUCAUCGUCGAUGAACCGAAUAGAACCAACGGCAAGUCUCUCUCCCGGAGCUUGCCCUGUAUCGGUAGCUCAUGUUUCUGCGGAAGAAGACGCUUCAUGGAAGCAGCAACAGCCACAGCUUUCUUCCCCAUUUGCCCCGCAAGCGCUUCCCAAUCCGAUUCUCUCUCCGACUAUGCCUCAAUAUUGAAGAGGGUUCAUCCUCCCAGACCAGAUUGGUACGAGGAAUUCUACGCUUUGGUUUUGAAUACCGGCAUGAAAUCUUAUGAAGAAGAGAUUGCAGGUUACAAGUCACAGCUAUUUGCUAAUCUGAAGGGAAAGGGUGGGAAAGUUUUGGAGAUUGGGAUUGGAACAGGUCCUAAUAUGGGAUACUAUGCUGGGAAUAAUGGUGUUGAGGUCAUUGGCAUUGAUCCAAACAGAAAGAUGGAAAAAUAUGCAAAGGCUGCAGCCAUGGAUGCUGGUCUGCCGUUUCCCAAUUUCAAGUUUAUACAAGCAGUUGGGGAGGCUAUCCCCUUAGAUGAUGCUUCAGUUGAUGCUAUUGUUGGAACCCUUGUUUUGUGUUCGGUUAAAGAUGUCAACUUGACCUUGAAGGAAGCGAAGAGAGUGCUGAGACCAGGUGGGCUUUACCUAUUUGUGGAGCACGUGGCAGCAAAAGAUGGAACAAGUCUAAGAUUCAUACAGAGUGUCCUUGAUCCAUUGCAACAGACUGUUGCUGACGGAUGUCACCUAACCAGGGAAACAGGUAAGAAUAUAUUUGAAGCUGGGUUUUCAUAUGUCCAGCUCAAUAUGGCUUUCUUAUCUAAUGCCUCUCUUAUAAUCCCUCAUGUGUACGGAAUAGCUAGUAAGUAAUAGUAAUACCAUAUUGUUCUACCAGACAGGCCGGGGACUGGCUAAAUUGUAUUAUAUUAUUUUAAAAUUAGUCAAAUAUGAUUACGCCAAAUUUAAAAUGGUUCAGUCAUAUAUUAAACAGGAGUAAACUUUAUGAGCAUAUGAAGAAAUGACGAAUGGAGUAAAGAUUUCAUACUCCUAUACUGAAUUUAUAUGUACCAAGUAUAAUAACAUGGUUUCCUCAUUCAGUAUAGAGUAAUUUCGACAAAGCGUUGCUGGCGUCUUUGUUGAGCAGCUCUGAAUGAGAUAAAAUAUAUAUUAUACAACAGUAGCACACCCAAUUUAGUGGGCGGCCCAAUUAAAUUAGGCUCGUCUGAGACAAAACCUCUAAAGAUUGUUUCCUUCUCGUCAUUCAGCCAUAAAGAAUUGAAUUAUAUUAUAGUUUGGGCCAGAAAACGUUAAAUGUACUCUACAAGAGAUUGUUUGCGGGCUGCUUUUCAGUCUAAAGAAGAACACUUUUGUAUACCCUGUAUGUGAACCUGAAACUAACCAUAGUGGUUCACCAAUAAAUAAAUAAAUAAAUAGGUAAACACUAGCCAGAGUGGAGAAUCUUGUAUUACAUUUGAUAUUAUUGGAAGAUAUUAUUUUGGUGUCUCUCUCGGCUCUCCAUGUCCUCCAAUGAAUCCUCUUCACUUUUGGAGGAAUGCGUGGUGGCACCUGGGACAACAAGAUUCGGGUUGUGUGCGUCUCAUGUGAAAACCCUUAGAGACAAAGUUGAACCAGACAAUUAGUCUUGCCUAAUUCCAGGAUACCAAAUAUAUAUAUAUGUUAUAAGAACCAAAUAGUUAUUUAUUAAACCAGAUUGAGAGGUCCACCUAUGGGAUUAGAGAAGAAGAUAUUUGUUAAUGACUAUUUAUUUGUUCAUGAUCAUUUAUUUCAAAUUAAGAAUAGUUAUUUGUUAAUGAUUAUUUAUUUAUUUAUCUGUAAUGGUUAUUCGUUAAUGAUUAACUUGGAAGUAUAUAUUUUUGGUGAAUGAUUAAGUUGGAAGUACA